UUCCAGUUGUAUUUUGCUCGUUUUCCGGGAAUUAUUCGGGACUUUAAGUGGUGUUUUAGUUGUGAAGCGAGUGCACUUGUCUCGCCGCGCCAUUGCCCAUGAGUGAGUUUCUGUGCGAGUUGCGCCCUCCAGGGCUGACGGGCGGUGCUAGGUUCGUUUAAUUUCCAGCGGCAAGUUAUGCCGGAGAUAGCGUGAUGAUGUGUCUUCAGUUGGAGACACCUGACUGACAGGGGGAUCCGUGGUCAGACAAAGUCUAUGGACUCAGAGAGCGGGUGUGAAAGCUACAGACCCCAUACAAAUCCUGUGAACGCAGUACGAUGCCGUAAACAGGGGUAGGGGCAAGCUGGACAACCCAAAACAAACAUUACUCGAACGGCGGACGCGAAAUGCACAAGGCUAAGUUCUAGGCAGUAAAGUGUGAUUCGAAUCGCUUCUGGCUUGAUCAUUAAUCUAGAAAUGAAUUGAACGCGACCCAAGGAUUAUUAGACAUUUCCACCUUCCACCACCCACUCCUCCAAGUUCAAAUAGGGACGCCGGUGAAUGGUGGAAGGAUCAAAGCAUUCAAACCAUAAAAUAUGUCGUUUCUUGGCGUAUUUUCAAGUUAUUUGUUGGCAGAGAAAAUUUUCUUGAGAUGGUCUACACGACAAAACAUGAACGACGUAUUAUCAAUUUGCAAUAACUGAUCUGGAUUGAAGUACUAGAACAGAAAUAUAAAGCAAAAGAGCAACCAAGUAUUUUGAAAAAUCUGCUAAAUAAGCUGACAACUUUUCAGUAUUAUUAUCAAGGGAAAAUCCAUGAAAUUCAAUUGAGUGUUAUUUCCAAUCGGCCCGUUAUGUAUGGGUAUGUGUAUAAAAAAUAGUUGUAUUUAAUAAAUAUUUUGAGUGAACAAUCAGUUCGUUAAUUAGUACGGGCGUAUAUAUAUACAAAAAAAUAUAAUCAUUCACGUGCGUGUUUACUUUUGGAUUGAAAAAAGUGAUAUUAAAAAUGAAUGACCAAAUUGUAACAAUCAGCCUAUCCGAAGCACCGAAUUUAGGCGGACAUUCCGAGAAUAAUCCGUCGAUUACGCUUGGCACUAAAGCUAAUUCAACGACAGUUUCGGAUAGUCCAGUAACUGAUCCUGGUUCUGAUACUAAGGCAAUGGAUAUGACCAGCUCUAUUAUAGGAUCUCGCACUAAAAUGCAAGAUACCAAACAAUCAGGAGCUUUGAAAAAAAGUAGCCGGUACCGGAGUAGAUCCCUCUCAGCUUCUUCAACAGAUUCAUAUAGCUCAGCCUCCUAUACCGGAAGUAGUUCCGAAGAUGAUGACGUCUCACCACGGGAAAAGGUUCAAAAAAAUUCGAAAAGUAGCUCAGACUUUUGUGUACGAAAUAUAAAACAGCAUCAGUUUGGCAGGCGAGAAAUUGAGAUAGCUGAGCAAGAAAUGCCUGGAAUAAUGGCGUUGCGAAAACGCGCCUCGGACGAUAAGCCAUUGAAAAAUGCACGGAUUGUUGGAUGCACACAUAUCAAUGCUCAGACUGCAGUCCUAAUUGAGACCCUAGUGGAACUAGGUGCAACAAUACGAUGGGCUGCAUGUAAUAUUUAUUCCACGCAGAACGAGGUUGCGGCUGCUCUAGCCGAGGCGGGCUACCCCAUUUUUGCAUGGCGGGGCGAAACUGAAGAGGAUUUUUGGUGGUGCAUUGAUAAGUGCGUUAAUGCCGAAAAUUGGCAACCCAAUAUGAUUUUGGAUGAUGGCGGGGACGCAACACAUUUGAUGCUUAAAAAAUAUCCUGCCAUGUUCAAAAUGGUGAAAGGUAUUGUUGAGGAGAGUGUAACUGGCGUCCAUCGGUUGUAUCAGCUAUCUAAGUCCGGAAAGCUAACAGUCCCGGCAAUGAACGUUAAUGACUCCGUCACCAAAACCAAAUUUGAUAAUCUGUACAGCUGUAAAGAGUCCAUUAUUGAUAGUUUAAAGCGCUCAACGGAUGUGAUGUUCGGUGGUAAACAGGUGGUGAUCUGCGGUUAUGGAGAAGUUGGGAAAGGAUGUGCUCAGGCCCUGAAAGGACUCGGUUGUAUUGUCUAUAUUACAGAAAUUGACCCCAUCUGCGCUCUUCAGGCAAGUAUGGAUGGAUUCCGUGUUGUGAAACUAAACGAGGUCAUCCGAAAUGUUGAUAUCGUUGUAACGGCAACUGGAAACAAGAACGUUGUAAUUCGCGAUCAUAUGGACAAAAUGAAAAAUGGCUGCAUAAUUUGCAAUAUGGGUCAUUCAAAUACGGAAAUUGAUGUGAAUAGUCUUCGCACUCCUGAUCUCACUUGGGAAAAGGUUCGAUCGCAAGUUGAUCACAUUGUAUGGCCUGACGGUAAACGUAUUAUCCUCUUGGCGGAGGGGCGAUUGGUGAAUCUGUCGUGUUCUAGUAUACCGUCAUUUGUUGUAUCAGUUACAUCAGCUACCCAGGCGCUUGCGUUGAUUGAACUUUUCAACGCCCCACAAGGGCGGUAUAAAUCUGAUGUGUAUUUAUUGCCGAAGAAAAUGGAUGAAUACGUGGCAAGUCUUCAUCUUCCGACAUUCGAUGCACAUCUGACGGAACUAACCGACGAACAGGCCAAAUACAUGGGGCUGAAUAAAGCCGGGCCUUUCAAGCCGAACUAUUAUAGGUAUUAAAUAAAUAUUACCAGGAGAAGGGGGACAACGGACGAUAUUUCAUUAACUGGAAGAAAACAAUUAUUGGCCUUAGUUAAAAAUUUAUUAACAGCAGGUUUACCACUGAUUAAAAACAAAAGAAAGUAAAAUAAAUAAUGGUAAUGAAAUUGUUAUAUUGAGACAAUACUGUCUCGCUAGACCUAGAGUUGUGUGUGGUAAUAGGCUACAAUUAUAAUACACAAUACAAAAAAAGGGCGUUCUAAUGUGAGAAACUCUCGAACAUGAAAGUCUACCGAAGUAAACCUCCCAAUUGUACUGUCUCAGUACAUCAUAUACAUUAGGAAUCGAGA